AACGUAAUUACUGGAGUAAUGCGAAGGUAGAAAAAGCGAAAGGAAAAACGCGUUCCUCUAUAAAAGUAACGGCUGUCUCUGUAAAGAGCACAUACUGCGUAUACAGCAAUCAAGACACAGAAUUAAUAUAUAGAAGAUAUUCAAGAAUCAUUCAAUAUGAGCGUGAUUGGUUCUACAUUCCGAAGUGUUCUCAGUGCAUCUAAUUUAUCGAAAUCCAUAAUCAACAAGCGAGCUGCUCUUACUGGAAAAUCUACAACUACAAGCUCCGACAUAUUUAACAAAAACAAGCAAGUUUUAAAUCGAAUAUGUCAACCAUCAAGAGCUGCAAGUAGUGGAACAGCGGCAGCAGGGGUUCCUGAAAGCCCACCAAUGAUCUGCCGUCCCUGCCAGCCCUCCGACCGUGAUGCGAUGAUCGACUUCAUGUCCACGAGGUUUGUCACGAGAGAACCUCUUAUGAAAGCUAUCGGUGCCACCCCAAGCAACAGCAGUCUCUUUGUCGAACAUUGUAUUGAUGAAUCGAUUAUACAAGGAGCUUCUUUUCUGGCACUUGACAGUGAGACUGGCAAAAUAUGUGGCGUGAGACUUAAUGGAGUCGGUCCACCAAGCCCAUUAGAAAAGGAAUGUGAUUUUGGGACCACCAUCAAUGCCAUUCCAAAGUUUUUGGACGACGUCGAAGGCGACAUGGCCACCUUGCUCAAUACUGAUCAGUUCAUGCGACACAUCGCCAUCUGUGUGGAGCAGAGUUCGUCCCAAUGCGGCAUUGCAACCCAAUUGAUGAUCAUGUCCGUUCAGUUUGCCAAGCGGGAGCAGUUGAAGCAUUUAACUGCGAUGUGUAGCUGGAGCCUUCCGUACAAACUCUCGCUCAAAAUGGGCUUCAAAGUGGUGCGUGAGAUCUCAUACUCUGACUACGCGAAGAAUCACGCCCAUCCCUCAAUGGUCCCACGAUUUAUGGAACUUGCGAAAACGGAGGAAGCCGCGAGAGUGAUGGUGUGCGACUUAUAACGUGCCGUCGACUCGUCUAUAACAUAUUUAUUAUUCCUUUUGAUUGUUUAACAUUCAUACUUUAUUCUUGCAUUUCUUAACUUUUUCUAUUUUCUCGGUUCAUGUGUAAUGUUUUAUUUUUUGUUUUAUUUGUGCAGUUUGUACGUAAUGUUUUACAUUAUUAUUUAAGAUCUUUCAUUUCUAAAAUUUCAAUAAUGGUCGAAUAUCCGCCUAAACAAUGGUGGCAGAUCUCAACUAAAGACGUUUAACAACAUUUUUGACAUUUUUUAAAAAAUUGUUUUGACGGAAGAAUCACAGUUUUGGUUAAAUGCAAUCGCAAUUCCAGCCAAAUGGCGAACAGAUCGUCAAUGCCAUUCCAUUUUUAAAUAUUUAUUUUGUUAUCGGUCACUAUAAAUGCGUUUGUUUUCGUGUUUCCGCCGAUUUGCAGUUUCGUUUUAACUUAUUGUUAUUGUUUAUUAUGCCAAAUAUACUUGCGAAAUAAAA